CCGCCCCUUUUGCCUGUCAGGAUGAGGCGGCUGAGGCGGCCCAGGGCCGGCGGCGGAGGCUGAGGCGGCGGCCCCUGUUGUGCUCGCUUCGCUCCCCUCGCCUGACUUAGCGGGCCCGGCCUCGGCUUGAGCUGGCUCAGCCAUGGCCCAGCCCGGGGCGGCGGCAGAAGAGUCGUCGACCGAAGCUCUUCUUCAACGAGUAGCAGAACUGGAAAAAGUCAAUGCUGAAUUUCUACGCACGAAGCAGCACCGUGAGCAGGAAUUUAAUCAAAAGAGGGCAAAAUUUAAAGAGCUGUAUCUGGCUAAAGAAGAGGAUCUGAAGAGGCAAAAUGCAGUACUUCAGGCAGCUCAGGAUGAUCUGGAGCAACUGCGAGCGCAGCUUACGGAAGCCCAGGCUGAAAUGGAGAAUAUUAAAGCCAUUGCGACAGUAUCUGAAAAUACAAAGCAGGAAGCUAUUGACGAAGUGAAGAGGCAAUGGCAGGAAGAGGUUGCUUCUCUGCAGGCUAUCAUGAAAGAAACUGUCAGUGACUAUGAACUCCAGUUUCAUCACAGGCUGGAGCAAGAGCGAGCUCAGUGGAACCAAUACCGAGAGAAUGUGGAAAGGGAAAUAGUGGAUCUGAGAAGACGUCUUUCCGAAGGCCAAGAAGAGGAAAACCUGGAAAAUGAUAUGAAGAAGGCCCAAGAAGAUGCAGAGAAGCUUCGUUCAGUUGUGAUGCCCAUGGAAAAGGAGAUUGGAACUCUGAAAGACAAACUGACAGAGGCUGAAGAAAGGAUAAAGGAGCUGGAGGCUUCAAAGGUUAAAGAACUGAAUCAUUAUUUGGAAGCUGAGAAAUCCUGCAGGACUGAUCUGGAAAUGUAUGUGGCUGUUCUGAAUACUCAGAAAUCAGUUCUGCAGGAAGAUGCAGAGAAGCUGCGGAAAGAACUUCACGAAGUCUGCCAUCUAUUAGAGCAGGAACGUCAGCAGCACAACCAGCUGAAGCACACCUGGCAAAAGGCCAACGACCAGUUCUUAGAGUCGCAGCGUUUGCUGAUGAGGGACAUGCAGUGGAUGGAAAUGGUGCUGACCUCUGAGCAGCUUCGGCAAGUGGAAGAACUGAAGAAGAAAGAUCAGGUAACACUGAAGCCGAGUACAGUCCCAUCCAUAAAAAGGGAAGAUGAAGAGCAGCGGAAACUUCAUAAAAGGAAGGAAGACAAGCAGAAAGCCCCUGAUGAUGAAUCGAAAGUAAGCUCCAUCACUCAUGAUGAAUCCCUUCCGCAGUUCCUUGGUGAAGAGGUGCAUAUAAACAGUACUCACGGUUCAGUCCACUCACUCGACACAGAUGCCCUGUUGUCUUCGGGAGAAUCUCUCAAGUCAGACAACGACAUGUUCAAAGAGGGGCUGCGGAGGGCACAGUCAACGGACAGCUUGGGAACAUCAGGAUCCUUGCAGGCCAAAACUCUGGGCUACAACAACAAAGCCAAAUCGGCUGGGAAUCUUGAUGAGUCUGACUUUGGACCCUUAGUUGGGGCGGACUCUAUGUCAGAGAACUUUGACACGGCCUCCCUAGGCUCUCUGCAAAUGCCCAGUGGGUUUAUGUUAACCAAAGACCAGGAGAAAGCAAUCACAGCGAUGACACCGGAGCAGGAGGAGACAGCAUCCCUGCUCUCCAGCAUCACACAGAGUGUUGAGAAUGCUUACGUAUCUCCUAGCGGUUACAGAUUAGUUAGUGAAACCGAGUGGAAUCUCCUUCAGAAAGAGGUGCAAAACGCUGGGAACAAGCUGGGCCGGCGCUGUGAUAUGUGUUCCAAUUAUGAGAAACAGUUGCAAGGAAUCCAGAUCCAGGAGGCAGAAACCAGGGAUCAGGUGAAGAAGCUUCAGGUGAUGUUGAGGCAGGCCAACGACCAACUAGAAAAAACCAUGCGAGAGAAACAGGAGCUGGAGGAGUACAUGAAACAAAGCACUGAAGAUUCAGGAAAUCAGAUCUCCUCGCUUAUUGUUAGAGUUCAGGAGUCCGAGGCCCUGCUUAGCGAACUGCAACAGGCAUUUUCUCAAGCCAGGAGAGAUGUCCAGGACCAAAUGGCGGUCCUGACGCAGUCGAGGGAACAUGUCUCGGAGGAGUUGUUGAGACUCCAGAAAGACAAUGAAAGCCUUCAAGGAAAACAUUGCCUGCAUGCCUCUUUGCAGCAGGCUGAAGACUUUAUCCUGCCAGAAUCUGGAGAGGAACUCCGCGACCUGGUCCUCAAAUAUCGGGAAGACAUCAUUAGUGUGCGGACAGCAGCAGACCACCUGGAGGAAAAGCUGAAGGCAGAGAUUUUGUUCCUGAAAGAGCAAAUUCAAGCUGAGCAAUGUUUGAAAGAGAACAUAGAGGAGACUCUGCAACUGGAAAUAGAGAAUUGCAAAGAGGAAAUAGCUGCUGCUUCCAGUCUGAAAACAGAACUGGAGAGAAUAAAAGCAGGGAAGGAGCAGUUGGAAUCCGCCUUGAAGGAGAAAAACCAACAGCUGGAAAGCUUGCAGGAAAGGAGAAACAGCCUUGAGGAGCAGCUGAAGAAGGAGUUGGCUGCAAAGGCAAACCUGGAGCAGCUGAUGUUUGAGGAGAAGAACAAAGCUCAGCGGCUGCAGACGGAACUGGAUGUUAGUGAGCAAGUGCAGAGAGAUUUUGUGAAGCUUUCGCAGACCCUUCAGGUCCAAUUGGAACGGAUCCGGCAGGCAGAUUCCUUGGAGAGAAUCCGUGUGAUCCUCAACGACACAAAACUGACAGACAUUAAUCAACUGCCUGAAACAUGACACCCUCCAUAGCAGGGCUCUAAGGCUGCAAUUUUUUUGUUUUGUUUUGUUUUGUGUUUGUUUCUGGGGUUUUUUAAAAGAAAAACCCUCAUCUUUAUAGCGAAACAUUUAAUAAUUAUUAUUUAACUCUUAACUGAAAGAAGCAGAAGAUGACACAGGGGAACAAUGAUCCAGGCUGUGUUUCUGGAAGGGAGAGAUGGCUUUGUGUUGGGGGCAGAAAAGUGUCAGAUGGAGAGAUGAGCAAGAUGCUGGGGGGGGGGGGGCUUUAGUGGGGGACUGGACUAGUCAAAAUAACCACCCUAUCCUCCCUCUCUCACCUCCACCCUUACUCUGGAAUUCGGCUCUUUUCUUUCUCUCACCUCUUCCCAUUAAAAACAAAAUAUUGUGGUGAAGGUAGUUCUGCAAAUCAAAUCUCCCCUUCUCCCCAAACCAUAUUUUGGAGCGAAGCUGUUGAACUCCACCCCAAUGAAGACUGAAGGGCUACCUGGGGUAUUGAGUGAGAGAGCAGGCUAGGCAGAUGCCGGUCUAGCAUGCUGUAUGAAUAUUUUAUAUUAAAAUAUGAAUUUACCUGCAGGGCACUGGAUUUGGGGUUUUUGAGCUCGGUGCACACAUUGUAUCUCGUAGGUUGUGCCGGAGGAGACCAAUUGCUGUUGAAAAGUGUGAUGGGACAGGAUGUUCAGGGAUGGGGUGGGGGCAAUUAGAUGAGAAGGUUCUGAAGUUGUCGAAAGAGAGGACUCGGCCUUCGGGGGAAAGUGACCACUAGAAAUAAAAAGCCUCGCCCUGCAGAUUGUUGGGGCAAGAGAAUGGGUGGCAAAUGCACCCUGGAACGGCUGCAGGAGCAGUUUGAAAACAACACUUUUUGUGUUGCCUUUAUUUCAGAGGUGGCAGGCAAAGAUAUCCUGCCCUAGUUGAGCUGAAAUUUAGGAUCUUUUCAUUUAUGCACUCCUUUUAGCAGUGGAAGGGAGCUAUAUCCCACCAUUCCUCCCCACAAAGUGUGUGUGUGUGUGUGUGUGUGUGUGUGUUGGGGGGUAUUUAAUCUGAAUACGAAAGAACAGAGGAUGGAAUUAGGUUUUUUAUGACUCUUUAAUAAAACAAACAUGUCGAUUUCAAGGCACCGCCA